AUGGGCGAUAACGGAAACAUCACUGCACCAACCCGCCGCCAGCUCGUCGUGUUGGAAUGGAUGAUCAACGACACCAGGGGUGGAUUUCAAGAGGAUAUACUCAGCUCUCAGGGAGGAUCCCCGCAGGUCGUCAGCAUUUCCAGAGAGGAUAUGCGAAGAAAUCCAGAACUGGAAGAUGCAAUUGGCAGCGAGGAACUCACGCAUGCGACCAUCGAUCGUCAGGGCUGUUUUAAAGAACCAAAAGAUGACACAGGCGUGCCGUAUGUCAAUCUCCAAGCGCAGCUCGGUAACGCCCAAAACCGGCACACCUAUGCGCAUGUAAAUGUGGUAGCAGAUAGGCGCGUUGGAAGAGGAUUGAUCAAAGAAGCAUUUAAUCAGUCGCUUGACGCAACCCAAACUCGUUGGGUUGUGGAAACAAGCCCAGGGAAAUUUGCGAUAAAAGUCGAUGUAAGGUCUUAA